UUUUUUGUCUUUGAGAAGAGGAACAAACACAAACACAACAAACGCUCAAAACGGUGCUACGAAAAACCCUUUUCUUCACUUUUCCCACCCAAACAGAGACAACGUAGAAAAAUGGGGGGAGAGGAGAAACGGCAUCAGAUGAUGCAGAAUCUCUUCGGAGAUCAAUCUGAGGAGGAAGAAGAUGAACUCGAAUCCGAACAUGAAUCCAAUCCUCAACUCAAUUCUGAUGAAGGAGAGGGAGGGGUAGGGCAAGAUGGUGAAGAGGGUGAAGGAGAAGUGGAAGGGCAAGGAGAGGUUGAAGAAGAAGCAGAGAGUGAAGGUGAGAGGGAGGUUGGUGAUCAGAGAGUGGAAGAAGAGAGUGAAGGUAGGGGGGAGGAUACUGAUAGUGAUGCCAAAGACGAUUACAAUCAGCGUGUCGUUACCAGUAAGCGUAGGGAUGUCGUUGAAAGUGGAUCUGAUGAUGAUGAACAGGAAGUUGAUGCAGCAGCUAGAAGAAGCAUAAGUGGGUCACCCAGAGAUGACAAAGAUCACACUCAUGAUUUGGAUUCUGCCCCGGAAAUUCGUGAUGUAUUUGGUGAUUUUGAUGAUGAAGAGGAGGAUAUGGGGUAUGCAGCUCAGCAGGACAUUGAACAAGAUUCAAAUAGAUAUCCUGCGGAGGAGGAAGGGAGUUAUGAAAAGAGCUUGAGACCCGAGGAUAUACUUGCUGAUGAAGAGCAUCAGUAUGAAUCAGAGGAGGAAAACAUUGAGAUGAAAACUAAAGAUAAGCCACUUGGGCCACCAUUGGAAUUGGAGAUUCCACUACGUCCACCACCAGCUCUUCCAGGAAAGAUGAACGUGUUUAAAGUUUCCAAUAUCAUGGGAGUUGAUCCAAAACCAUUUGAUCCUAAAACAUAUGAAGAAGAAGAUACCUUUGUAACUGAUGAAUUUGGAAACAAGAAGCGCAUACGCUUGGAGAACAAUAUUGUACGUUGGAGGAAAGUCACAAAUCCUGAUGGCACAACAUCUGUUGAAAGCAAUGCUCGCUUUGUAAGGUGGUCUGAUGGAAGCAUUCAGUUAUUGAUUGGGAAUGAAGUUCUUGACGUAUCUGAGCAGGAUGCCCAGCAUGAUCAAGCACAUCUUUUCCUUAGACAUGGAAAGGGAAUUCUGCAAUCACAAGGACAGCUAUCGAGGAAAAUGAAAUUUAUGCCCUCUUCCUUGUCGUCGAAUUCUCAUCGGUUGUUAACUGCAAUUGUUGACUCAAGGCAAAGGAAGGCUGUUAAGAUUAAAAACUGUGUAACAGACAUUGAUCCUGAGAGGGAAAAAGAAGAAAAGGAAAAGGCUGAAAGUCAGACUAUCAGGGCCAACGUUCUUCUUACCCGUAAGCGCGAAAAGGUGAAUCGGAAAUAUACUCCAACUGAGAGAAGGCGUCAACUUUCUCCUGGGUUUUUAGAGGAUGCUUUGGAUGAGGACGAGGAAGCAGAUUAUUAUGACUCUCGUCGAACACAGCGUCACUAUGAGGAGGAUUUUGAAGCAGAAGUCCGAGCAGAGAAGCGGAUUAUGAAUGCUAAGAAGUCACAGGGACCAAAGAGCAUCCCUCGUAAGUCAUCGUUCCUCCCACCAGCAAAAUCCUCCCGGCACCAAGUGGGUUACCCAGAUGAUGAGAGAGAAGAGUCAGAGUAUGAAACUGAAGACGAGGAGGAGGAAGAAAGGCCUCGAUCUCGUAUGAGGGAUGAUGAUUCUGAGGCAGAAUAUGAGGAUGAGGAAGAAGACGAGCAAAUAGAACAAGAAAAUGAUGCUUCGGAUGAGGACGAAGAUGAGGGUCUGAAACAAAAGAGUAAGAAUUUAAAAGGCAAGGCCAAAAAGAAGGGGUUUGAUUCUGAUGAAGGCUCUCCUCCUCCUAAGAAACCAACAACCCAUCGCCGAAUGACAAUUAUGUCUGACAGUGACGACGAAUGAAAUUCCGAUCUUGCAAUUGGAAUUUGGAAGGAAAAAUGCUUUUUAGGUGAAAGCAAAAGCUGAGAUGAUUCAUUUGUAUUUAUUUUCCUUCUAUUCUCUGCUUAUUGGUAUUUUGUCUCAGGUUUCCGUUGUUCCCUGUAUUUCUAAUCAUGAUUAGAAUAAUAGUGUAAAUAUUUUGUUUUCUGCAUUUUCUGUUCUAAAGUUUUACUCCAAGGGAACCUAGCUGAGGAUUUUUUCAGUCUUCCCUUACAAUAUUUUACAAUUCAUAGGGCUAUUACUUUGAUACUUAACAAUAUAUAGAUUAAAAGAUGUUUGAAGACUAA